CACACUUUAACUUCCAAAACAAAAAUGGCACAUGGGAAGUGACUGUGGGAGGUGUGUUCGUAUCGAAAACGAAACAGAACGACAGUGUGACCGACACAGAGCAGUAGCAGCACGAACCAUUAUCCUCCUCGGUGUAUGUCAGUCAUGGCACUGCAAAUGUCAGCUCGGGUUUCACAUGUCAAAACCCUGCUUACCACUGGCCCGCUGUCCCGAGCCGGUGUCAAGUUCAAGCACAUCCUAACUCCAGGGAGCCCCCAGCAGGGAGGGCAGCCAGCAACAGGUCUGCUCCACGGCCAUAUUAACGUUGCCCCCCGGGCUGCCAGGCUCUCAACGACAACAGUGACAGCAGCGGUUUGGAAGUCCAGUCAGGUGAACGGGUCCUCCUCACCCCGGGCAAGGAGAGGCUGGCUGGGCAAGUUGGCCCUCGGUGCUGUCCUCGGAGUCAGCGCAGCCACGCUGGUCCAGUGUGUCCACACAGGAUCCUUCACCGCCAUGGCCCUCAAAAAAGUUAACCUGGACUCUCCUCAGGGAGACUGGAAGGAGACCAAGGACUUCUUGCUGUCUCUGUCCGUGAAGGACAGACGUCAAUACCACAGGACUUCUGGCUCUGUGCCGCUGGAUGACAUCCCAGUGUGGACUCCGGCUGCAGGUGGCUCUGAGCCAAGUCGCUACCCGAGGAAUGAAAAAUUGGACCAGAAGAUUUCCGUCUACAAUGGCGACAUCACCAAGCUGGAGAUAGACGCUAUUGUCAAUGCAGCCAACAACAGUCUGCUCGGUGGAGGUGGAGUGGACGGAGCGAUCCACCGCGCUGCAGGUCCUUUGCUGAAAAAGGAGUGCGCUUCCCUCCACGGUUGUGAGACGGGAGAAGCCAAGAUCACCUGCGGCUACGGCCUUCCGGCAAAAUAUGUCAUCCACACGGUGGGACCGAUUGCACAGGGAGGAGUUGGAGAGACGGAGAGGAAAGCACUCAGGUCCUGCUACAAGAACAGCAUGAAAACUGCAACUGAAAAUGCUGCACGUUCUGUGGCUCUCCCUUGCAUCUCCACCGGAAUUUACGGAUAUCCACCUGAGCAGGCUGUGCACGAGGCGUUAGCAACUGUGAGGGAGUUUCUGGAUGCACAUCAUGACAAGCUGGACAGAGUCAUCUUCUGUGUGUUCUUGCCGACGGAUAAGGAGCUGUAUCUGCAGAACCUCCCGCUGUACUUCCCUGCUGCUCCAGCGAAGGCCACUGUCAAGAGUAAACUCUAAGAGGGUGGACUUGUCAGAUUUGGUUGCUGUGGCUACACACUGCUACACUGAACAUCCAGAUCCCUCCUCCUCCUCUUCCUCCUCGCUGUCGACACAGAUCAAGACCUCCUUCAGCGGGAAGAUAAGUCGUAAAUGGCUGAUUGCUUUUUUGAAGAGCACACGGGCUCCCCUGCAGAUGUUGAGUAGUUUUUCUGUUUUUCUCCCCGCUAAUGGCUGAGGUUAAGAGAAAUGUUGUGAUGAAGGUGAGAAAUGAUUUUGACAAUUCCCAUGAAAAAUGGACUGUGUGUCGCUUAAGCUGCUCCCUCCCUGUGAUCACUGGUGGCUUUGCAUCAGACUUCCAACCCCCCCAUGAAUUAUGUGUCUUCUGUGCUACAGCAUUUGAAUACUUGGAUUCCAGUGUGUGUGAGCGACACGCCACAAAAAGCUUAUUAAAAGAAAUCUCACGGGC